AUGAUCAAGCGAAGCCAAGACAAAGAAAGCUGCCAUGCUGCCAACAAGGUAACCCUGCCAAGACCGGCUGCUCCACCGAAAGCGGUCGUUACGCCCAAUUCUACACCAGCAACCACAAAUAAAAGUGUUGUGGCACCAGGAACGCAGAGCAUAAGUUUCAAGAGCCUCAUGCCUGAUGAUAGCGCGAGUUCUAUGUGCAGUUCAGCACUGGAGGAAGCACAACAAGAGCUUAGAUACAGUCAAUGGAAGAUGUGGGAGAACAACAGUAAACGAGAUCGUUCCAAGCUUUUGAAGGACAAGAAGCCUGAUCGUUUAGUGGAAAGGCACAUGGUUCUGCAAACUGCUUCGACGAAUAUCAUAUCAGGAACCUCUCGUAGCAAGACAAUUUUAGCGCUUCUCCGUCCUGGGCACAACAAAUCAGCCUCCUCUUCUCCACAAAAGAAGCAGAAAUGGACUUUAAAGAACGCAUUUCAAAGCAUCUUUCGAAGAAGGGAAAAGAAGCACAGCGUUGGAGAAUGUGAAAAGGAUGAACUGGAGCACACAGAGUCAACCAUCAUGACAGAGCACGAGGAGUCUCUUUGA